UACUAGUUUCUUGCUAAUGUUUUUUUCUUGUUAAGUAGCUUGUUGUCAUCUUCACAAGCUUUUGAAGGAAAUCAAGCCAAUUUGCUCACAUUUUAAAGGGUUAAUCUAUGUCAUGCUCAUUUUUUGCUCACAUUACUGCAUCUGUAAUGUUGUGCAUGAAAACUGCCAAAAAGUCAAAAUCAUAAAAAUCCAGUAAUUCUUAUAUUUUUUGUCCAUAUUUUGUUUCAGGAAAUGGCUUUGGCCAAAUGGAGGAGGACAGAGGAGACGUGCUGAGUCUGGUGGAGUCAGACGACGAGCAGAUCUUUCAGGAUGCCGUUCCCCGGCUGCCUCCGAUAACCAACGGACGCCACACAACGCUCGUCCAGAUACAUCGAAUCCCAUCGAGUGAUAAUGAGGAUGCAGAAACUGCUGACACAAGUCCGCAGCAGCAGGAGGACACUGCACAGACUGAAGAGCCGGCGGAUCUUGUAACAUUUUAGGUAUUGGGUGUUUUUAGAUAAAUGUUUUAUUUUAGGUAAAUAACAUUUACUCCCAGCGACAAUGUGAACAGAAUCGGUGUAAAAGCUAAAAAAAAGUAAUCAUCUUUUAAUUUGUUAUUUUUUUAAACAGGGUUUUGAACUUUUGUAAGCUUAUUUCUAUGAUUGAUUUGUUUGUACAGCGUCUUAAUAUGUUGCUCUGAUAUUGAGAUUUGUUCAGUAAAUGAAGCUGUUUAAACAAAA